CUUUGCAAUAGUUAAAAAUCCCUAAUUUAUUCAAUUAUUUAUUCUUCCCCAUUUCAUCUCUCUUUUUCUCUCUCAAUCUUUUCGAAGUUCAAGAAUGCAGAGCUGACAAUGAAGUCUGAAGAUAUAUAAAUUUCAGCUUUCUUUGUCUCUUUCGUCACUGUGAUUAGAUACAUUUCUUUUCAAUCCAUUUCUUUAUCUUGUUUUUCUUUUGAUUGGUUGUUUUGCUUCUAAACGGAAAGCUUGUUUGCUCCGGAGCUUGGUAGUUCGUGUUUUCUUGUUUAGAUUUUCUGGGUUGUGAUGAAAAAAGCAUAAGAAAUGUUGCUGCGGAGGAAUUGCUUGGUUGUUUUCGUGUUGAUUGCGGUGGCUUUUGGAGCCAAUUUGAACGUUGUAAAGGGAUUGCCACGACGAAUUCUCUUGGACACAGACGUUAACACUGAUGACUUAUUUGCUCUUUUGUACCUGUUGAAGCUUAAUCGAUCAGAAUUUGAGUUGGAGGCAGUCACUAUUAGCACAAAUGCUUGGACAAAUGCUGGGCAUGCAGUGAACCAAAUUUAUGACAUUCUUUACAUGAUGGGCCGUGAUGAUAUCGCCGUUGGAGUUGGAGGAGAAGGCGGAAUACUCGACGAUGGAACAAUUCAACCGAAUGUUGGUGGAUAUCUUUCCAUAAUUGAGCAGGGAUUGACGACAACAGGAGGUUGUAGAUAUAGACAAGCUAUUCCUGUUGGUGUUGGAGGGCGAUUAGAUUCUGAUACCAACUAUGGCCUCCGCAAAGCAUUCCUCCCACAGGGAAGAAGGAAAUAUAAUCCUCUGCAACAAUCAACUGCUCAGCAGGUUAUGAUUGACAAAAUAUCUGAAGGUCCCAUUAACGUAUUCCUUAUAGGAUCACACACAAAUUUUGAUUUUCUCAUGAGUAAUCCACACCAAAAGAAGAAUGUUAAGCAUAUUUAUACGAUGGGUGGCGGUAUAAGAUCAGAAAACCCGACUGGAUGCUGUCCACAAAAUACCACCACAUCUUGCACUCCUCAACAGUGCGGUGAUCCUGGUAACAUAUUCACGGAUUAUACUAGUAAUCCCUAUGCAGAAUUCAAUAUCUUUGGAGACCCUUUUGCAGCAUACCAGGUGAUUCAUUCUGGAAUUCCGCUCACCAUUGUUCCACUGGAUGCUACAGACACUAUCCCCGUAACUAAAAAUUUCUUUGAAGAAUUAGAGCAGCAUCAUGACACAGUUGAGGCACAAUAUGUAUUCCAAUCCUUGAAAAUAAUAGCUCAUGAUUCUCAGCUUGGCGAGCAAUUCUAUACAAGUUAUUUCAUGUGGGAUUCUUUUGCAUCUGGUGUGGCAACAUCUAUCAUGCUUAACUCGCAUAACGGGGAUGGUCAAAAUGAUUUUGCUGUGAUGGAGUACAUGAAUAUAACUGCAGUUACGUCAAAUAAACCUUAUGGUAUAUAUGAUGGGUCAAAUCCAUUCUUUGAUGGACGUGAAAUUCCGAAAUUUGAUCUUGAAAAAGGUGGGGUGCACAGUGGUCAUGUUCAAACAGGACUUCGAGAUCCCUUCUGCACUGUGGAUAAUGGGAAAGGGAAAUGUCAGGAUGGCUAUACAGCGGAGGUAGUUGGUCCAGAGGGAGUGCAUGUUUUGGUUGCUACAAAAGCAAAGCCCAACUGGAACAUCACUAGCCCUCUUGACAGAGAAUUUUACAUAAGCUUCUUAAAUGUUCUUAACAGUCCGAUAAACACGGGAAGAUUCAAUUUUACCACACAAUUUCCAUAUUACAAGCAAGUUAUGUACAAACCAGAUUUCAGAAAUAUUAAACUCGGAAAACCUGUUGUGAUUGACACGGAUAUGAGCGCUGGAGAUUUUCUAGCUUUGUUCUAUCUUCUGAAAGUACCUGUGGAAGUCAUUGACAUUAAGGCAAUAAUAGCCAGUCCAACAGGGUGGGCAAAUGCUGCAACAAUAGAUGUUAUCUAUGACUUAUUGCAUAUGAUGGGUCGAGAUGACAUACCAGUAGGUCUUGGAGAUGUAUUUGCAGCCAACCAGACAGAUCUAAUUUCGCCUGUUGUUGGAGACUGCAAGUAUGCUAAAGCCAUUCCAAAUGGGUGUGGUGGAUAUUUGGACUCUGACACUCUCUAUGGUCUUGCUCGUAAUUUGCCCAGAAGGUAUGCAGCAGAAAACCCUGUUCAACAUGGAGCUCCACGGAACUCUGAGCAUCUUGAACUGAGACAAGCUCUAGCCAUGGAAAUUUGGGAAACCAUAUUGACAAAAUUGGAACCGGGAUCCAAGAUUUCAGUGCUUACCAAUGGACCAUUGACUAACUUAGCAAAGCUUAUUACAUCAAACCAAGACGCAAGCUCCCAUAUCCAGGAAGUUUAUGUAGUUGGGGGGCACAUCAAGGAUGACGACACAGAUAAAGAAAAUGUAUUCACUGUUCCUUCAAAUAGAUAUGCAGAAUUCAAUAUGUUUCUUGAUCCUUUAGCUGCCAAGAUUGUGUUCGAGUCAACAGUUAAUGUCAUACUCAUUCCUCUCGGGGUCCAGCGACGUGUCAGCUCAUUUGAAAACAUCUUAGAAACUCUCCUCAAGAAAAAGAGGACGCCCGAGCUUCUCUUUGCCUACCAUUUGCUGUCAAGACUCUUUCGCUUGAAGCAGUCAGACAUCAGAUAUAAGCAUGUGGAUACUUUCUUGAGUGAAAUUCUUGGUGCAGUAGUUCUGUCUGGAGAUGAUGGUGUAAAAUCCACAAACCUGGAUAUCGAGCCAAUUUUUCACUUCAAGCCUGUAAAAAUCUUCGCAGAUGGUGUUGAAUCUCAAGAUGGUGAAACUGUCAUCUAUGAGAAGGGAGGGAAAUUAGUCAAAGUACUGCAAAAUUUGAACCAAACAGCCUACUUUGAUCUAUUUGCAAACCGGCUAAGUGAUAUGAAACAGUCUGCAGUGAUCAAAAGCUUUAUUGACCAAAAAAGAAUGUGGAAUAAACCGCAAAACAACACUGGCAAUUGCUGCCGUGGAUCUUGUGUUUGCUGAUGCUCAUCAGAGAUGAAAAUUUCAGGGGCAAAAUUGUACAACACAAGUGACCAUUUUGUGGUUAAAAGAAAGCAAUAAACAAUAGAUCUAGAUUAUCCCUAUAUCGAAUCGACUAUGUCAUCGUCUGGAGCUUCGUGCUGUUCUUAAUCCGUUGCGUUGCCUAUUCUGUCCAUUGGUUACAUU